AUGAGAGGGCAAAUUUUGGGGUACAACACAAUAUUUUCCCUCUUCGGUGAUAGGUUUGAGGAGACGGUUAAAUUAGAUAGGCCACCAAGAUUUCAAGACCUUGACAAUCCAUAUAUUUACAUUUUAGGUUUUUCUAGUGUUAAUGGUAUUAUUUGUCUCUACAAUGACGUUGACUACGAUAAUACAACAACUAUGUUGUGGAACCCCGCCACCGGAGAAUUCAAAACCAUACCCCUUAGUCUUCAAGCAUAUGAAAACAUUGAGUUUAACAUUAUUCCUGAUGCAUUUGGUUAUGACUCUAUUAGAUACGACUAUAAAGUGAUUCAUAUGCUUCAAUAUCCCCAUUGGUUGGAUUUUUACACUCAAAUGGUGUCGUUUGACUUUAUCAAUGAGAAAUUCUUUGCAACAACUUUACCCUCACUUUCAGAUCCAUAUGUUAUAUAUAAAUCGAUCAGAAAUGAGUUGAUGAUGUUAAAUAGAUCUGUUGCUUUAAUUUGCAAUUAUGAUUAUAUGAAUUAUUUUCACAUAUGGAUUUUAGGAGAAUUUGGUGUUAAAGAAUCAUGGACUAAACUCUUUGUUUUUGGAGCCUUAACUUGUGUUCACUUUCCUAUUGGAGCAUAG